CACUAAGCUAACGUUAGGCAGUUUGCUCAUGAUAUUUGUCUAUACACUAUAACGUACCUGUCACAGUAAAACCUGGCUCACAAAUUGUCUUACCUACUAGAAUUAGCUACCUGUGACAGGUAACGUUAACUAGACGGUUUUAUUUUCCAACUAACUUUAUCGCCAUAUGCUGAUGGUAGCUAACUAGUGAGAAUGGGUAGUUUAUUUAUGGUUUGGUACACUGCACAUAUAUCUAGUUAGCAAACGUCAGCAAUUGAGGAACUUGAAUUGGGGCCUUAGCUUAGUCACAAAUAAGGAAGGUGGGACAUUGCUUUAGUUUUUGCCCAGCUCUUAAAGGUUGAAUCAUGGACCAAGACAACAACUCCGAGGAUGACUUGGUAGGUCCCUCUGAAGAUGCGUCUGAAGAUGAGUCACUGCCUAGUCGUCCCCCUGGACUCUCGGACUCUGAGGCGGUGGAGCUGCUAUGGCAGGUGCGUACCCAGCGGCGCCAGUCUUCCCCAGAACUCCCUGAAACAGUCACCCGGCUGACUGCCCCAGAUGGCAGCCUGCUCUACUUGGUAGGCACCGCCCACUUCAGUGACAGCAGCAAGAAGGACGUGGCCACGACGAUCCGUGCAGUGCAGCCAGACGUGGUGGUGGUGGAGCUGUGCCAGUACAGGGUGUCCAUGCUGAAGAUGGAUGAAAAGACACUGCUGAAGGAGGCAAAAGACAUUAAUCUGGACAAGGUCCAGCAGGCCAUCAAACAGAAUGGAGUGAUGUCUGGCCUGAUGCAGAUCCUGCUGCUCAAAGUGUCGGCUCACAUCACAGAGCAGCUGGGCAUGGCUCCUGGAGGGGAGUUUAGGGAGGCCUUCAAACAGGCGGGCCGAGUGCCCUUCUGCAAGUUCCACCUGGGGGACCGGCCUAUCCCGGUGACAUUCAAACGGGCCAUCGCUGCUCUCAGUCUGUGGCAGAAAGCCAGACUGGCCUGGGGCCUGUGCUUCCUGUCAGACCCCAUCAGUAAGGAGGACGUGGAGAAGUGCAAACAGAAGGACCUGCUGGAGCAGACAAUGCUAGAGAUGAUCGGCGAGUUCCCCGCUCUCCACCAGACCAUUGUAGCCGAGCGAGACAUCUACCUCACACACACGCUCCGCCAGGCCGCACGCUGUGUGGAGGCGCCCCCCAAUGCCCAGAAAGUGCCUGCUGUGGUGGUGGGAGUGGUGGGGAUGGGCCAUGUCCCUGGCAUCGAAAGGAACUGGGAGAAGGAUCUCAACAUUCAGGAGAUCAUGAGUGUUGCGCCCCCAUCUCGUUUUGGCUGGAUGUUGCGCACGGUGCUGAAGGCUGGGGUGAUAGGAGUACUGGGAUACGCCUGCUACCGUGCAGGAGGGGGCAUGGGGAGGGCUCUUCUUUCCCUACCUGCUUUCCAAUCACUACUGGACAACCUGCGACCACUGCCCCCAGCAGCGGCGUGACCCCUCUCCUAUACCUGUGACAUGAACGAUCCCCUCUAAUACGAAAACAAUGCAUCUACCACCAAUGGCCUUAUUGAUAGGAAGGGUUAGAGGUCAAGAUUCACCUCCUACCCUAUGAAUUGACAUGGACGUAAGGGGUCCGAGGGCUUGAGCCGCCCUCCCUCUUGUUUCCUUCCUUCCUCUCCUCCAUGUCCCUGUGGAACACAGAACAGUACUGCCUAAAAAACCAUGACAGUACCCUUAUUUUAUUUUUGUAUAUUUAAAAAAAGAAAUGGCAAAAGAAGGAUUUUUGUAAGAUUUACAAAUGUUUUUCCAUUUAUAUUACAUCUGCUAUCCCCCACAUUCCAAUUAAUGUUACAUUGAAAUUUGAGAUUUUGGUGCAUAUGGUCUUUGAAGUUGAUAUUAUUGGCCCAAGUCAUUAUAUAUCAAAAUAAACUGGGUGGUUCGAGCCCUGAAUGCUGAUUGGCUGACAGCUGUGGUAUAUCAGAUCGUAUACCAUGGGUAUUACAAAACAUCUGUUUUUACUUCUCUAAUUACAUUGAUAACCAGUUUUAUAAUAGCAGUAACGCACGCACCUCGGGUUUGUGGUAUAUGGCCGCCUCGUUGCACUUAACAGCCCUUAGCCGUGGUGUAUUGGCCAUGUACCACACAUCCUCAGGCCUUAUUGCUUAAGUAUAUAUAUAUAUAUAUAUAUAUAUAUAUACAGUUGAAGUCGGAUGUUGACAUACACGUUAGCCAAAUACAUUUAAACUCCAGUUUUUCACAAUUCCUGACAUUUAAUCCUAGUAAAAAUGCCCUGUCUUAGAUCAGUUAGGAUCACCACUUUAUUUUAAGAAUGUGAAAUGUCAGAAUAAUAGUUGAGAAUGAUUUAUUUCUGCUUUUAUUUCUUUCAUCACAUUUCCAGUGGGUCAGAAGUUUACAUACACUCAAUUAGUAUUUGGUAGCAUUGCCUUUAAAUUGUUUAACGUGGGUCAAAUGUUUCAGGUAGACUUCCACAAGCUUCCCAAAAUAAAUUGGGUUGAUUUUGGCCCAUUCCUCCUGACAGCAGGUGCAACGGAGUCAGGUUUGUAGGCCUCCUUGCUCACACAUGCAUUUUCAGUUUUGACCACACAUUUUCUAUAGGAUUAGGGUCAAGGCUUUGUGAUGGCCACUCCAAUACCUUGACUUUGUUGUCCUUAAACCAUUUUGCCACAACUUUGGAAGUAUGCUUGGGGUCAUUGUCCCUUUGGAAGACCCAUUUGCGACCAAGCUUUAACUUCCGGACUGAUGUCUUGAGAUGUUGCUUCAAUAUACCCACAUAAUUUUCCAUCCUCAUGAUACCAUCUAUUUUGAGAAGUGCAUCGAGUCCCUCCUGCAGCAAAGCACCCCGACAACAUGAUACUGUCACCCCCGUGCUUCACGGUUGGGAUGGUGUUCUUUGGCUUGCAAGCCUCCCCCUUUUUCCUCCAAACAUAACGAUGGUCAUUAUGGCCAAACAGUUCUAUUUUUGUUUCAUCAGACCAGAGACAUUUCUCCAAAAAGUACAAUCUUUGUCCCCACGUGCAGUUGCAAACCGUAGUCUGGCUUUUUUAUGGCAGUUUUGGAGCAGUGGUUUCUCCUUGCUGAGCGGGCCUUUCAGGAUAUGUCGAUAUAGGACUCGUUUUACUGUGGAUAUAGAUACUUUUGUACCUGUUUCCUCCAGCAUCUUCACAAGGUCCUUUGCUGUUCUGGGAUUGAUUUGCGCUUUUCGCACCAAAGUACGUUCAUCUCUAGGAGACAGAACGCAUCUCCUUCCUGAGCGGUCUGACGGCUGCUUGGUCCCAUGGUGUUUAUACUUGCGUACUAUUGUUUGUACAGAUUAACGUGGUACCUUCAGGUGUCUGGAAAUUGCUCCCAAGAAUGAACCAGACUUGUGGAGGUCUACAAUUUUGUUUUCUGAAGUCUUGGCUGAUUUCUUUUGAUUUUCCGAUGUCGAGCAAAUAGGCACUGAGUUUGAAGGUAGGCCUUGAAAUACAUCCACAGGUACUCCAAUUGACUCAAAUUGUGUCAAUUAGCCUAUCAGAAGCUUCUAAAGCCAUGGCAUCAUUUCCUAGAAUUUUCCUAGAUGUUUUAAGGCACAGUCAAUUUAGUGUAUGUAAACUUCUCACCCACUGGAAUUGUGAUACAGUGAAAUAAUAUGUCUGGAAACAAUUGUUGGAAAACUUUCCUGUCAUGCACAAAGUAGAUGUCCUAACCGACUUGCCAAAUCUAUAGUUUGUUAACAAGAAAUUUGUGGAGUUGUUGAAAAAACAGUUUUAAUAACUCCAACCUAAGUGUGUAAACUUCUGACUUCAACUGUACAUACAUACAGUACGUUCGGAAAGUAUUCAGACCCCUUGAUUUCCCCCCCACAUUUUGUUACGUUACAGCCUUAUUCUAAAGUGGAUUCAAUUGUUUCCCCCCUCAAUCUACACAUAAUACCCCAUAAUGAUAAAGCAAAAACAGUUUUGACAUUAUCACAUUUAUUUAAUUAUUCAGACCCUUUACUCAGUACUUUGUUGAAGCAGCGAUUAUAGUCUUGAGUAUGACACUACAAGCUUGACACACCUGUAUUUGGGGAGUUUCUCCCAUUCGAUGCAGAUCCUCUCAAGCUCUGUCAUGUUGAAUGGGGAGCGUUGCUGCUCAGCUAUUUUCAGGUCUCUCCAGAGAUGUUCGAUUGCCACUGGAAAAAAAUCCCAACCGCAUGAUGCUGCCACCCCCAUGCUUCACCGUAGGGAUGGUGCCAGGUUUCUUCCAGACGUGACACUUGCAUUCAGGCCAAAUACUUCAUUCUUGGUUUAAUCAGACCAGAGAAUCUUGUUUCUCAUGGUCUGAGAUACUUUAGGUGCCUUUUGGCAAACUCCCAAGCGUCGCUGUCAUGUGCCUUUUUACUAAGGAUUGACUUCCGUCUGGCCACUCUACCAUACAGGCCUGUUUGGUAGAGGAAGGGCUGUGGUCACCUCCCCGAUUGCUCAGUUUGGCCCGGCGGCCAGCUCUAGGAAGAGUCUUGGUGGUUCCAAACUUCUUCCAUUUUAAGAAUACCUUUUAUUUAACUAGGCAAGUCAGUGACGGCCAAGUGGGUUAACUGCCUGUUCGGGGGCAGAACGACAGAUUUGUACCUUGUCAGCCUCCCAGCCUCUGGGAUUUGAACUUGCAACCUUUCGGUUACUAGUCCAACACUCUAACCACUAGGCUACCCUGUCGCUGCUGCAUAAAUGUUUUGGUACCCUUCCCCAGAUCGGUGCCUUGACACAAUCCUGUCUCGAAGCUCUGGACAAUUCCUUUUGACCUCAUGGCUUGGUUUUUGUUCUGACAUGCAUUGUUAACUGUGGGACCUUAUCAACAGGUGUGUGCCUUUCCAAAUCAUGUCCAAUCAAUUGAAUUUAACACCGGUGCACUCCAAUCAAGUUGUAGAAACAGCUCAAGGAUGCUUCAUGAAAACAGAAUGCACCUGAGCUGAAUUUCGAGUCUCAUAGCAAAGGGUCUGAAUACUAAAUAAUGUACUUUAGUUUUACAAUUUUAAUACAUUUGCAAACAUGUCUAAACUUGUUUUUGCUUUGUCAUUAUGGGGUAUUGUGUGUAGAUUGAGGACAUUUUUUUUAUUUAAUCCAUUUUAGAAUAAGGCUGUAACGUAACAAAAUGUGGAAAAGGUCAAAGGGUCUGAACUCUUUCCGAAUGCGCUGUAAUGGACACCAAUAGUUGAAGAAUAGAGCUACCGCCCCACUAAUGACUUUUCAUUCUCGUACAGUCUCUUUAAUCCUGGAUCCAGGACCUCCAUGGGACCAUCUAGGCUUUAACAAUGACCAUUUUUAAAUCUAGCACUUUAUUAUAUUUUUGGGUACAGAUUCCCACUCAUGGCUAGUAAGGAAUUUAACAAAUUAACUCCAUUUUUAAAGUAAAAAAGUACAAAUAUUACCAAAUAAUGUAUGUAACUGACGACACUGUAGUUUACCACCACAGUGGGGGUUUUGGGGAAAGUUCUCUCCCCAGCCAAGAAACAGAAGGUUUUAGUAACAAAUUGUAGUUGCGCUAUCCCAACAUGGACACCUAAGUUCCUCCAUCGCUCAUGAGGAAAGUCAGCCCAGGGACUAGGCUAUGUCUGGUGUUAUAGUGACUACUUCUCCUGGUCACACAAUAUACUGUUCCUCAAGGCAAACUGAUCUGUGCUGGUUGUUGUUACACACAACCAACCAUACUGAUUGAUAGACGGUACAACCUAAUGCUUCGACGUGUGUUAUAAAUACCUGUACUGUAUAAGGCAAUGCCCAUCUCAAAUAUGUACUGGUAUUUUGAAUUGCAUAUUUUUUCAAAGAAUGCUACAUGCUGGAA